AUGAUGCAACAAAUUUGUAUUCAAUUGGAAAUUCUAAUGAGUCGUCUUACUGAAAUUCCAAAAUUAAGAAAGAAAAAAUAUUUCUCAUCGAAUAUUCAUCAAGAGGAGUAUCAUCUUUUGAAAGAUUGCAUUGAUUAUCACGAAUUUAUUUUUUCAAUGGAGAAGCAAUUGAACAAAAUUUUUGGUUUUUUAAUUUCCGUACAGUUUUUCGUGUCGACAUUAAAUUUGUGCACGUCUGGCUAUUACAUGACAAAGGUGGAUGUUGAUAAUGCACAUUUUUGGUUGGCAUUAUUAAUCUUAAGUACAUUUGUUUUUCAAAUAUUUUUGUAUUGUUGGUUUGGCGAGUCAAUGACUAGAAAGAGUUUAGCUAUUGGCGAUGUAAUAUACAAAAUGGACUGGAAUUUAUUGAGUACAUCAACGAAACAUACAUUAGUUAUAAUAAUGAUGCGUACAAUGCGACCAAUACAACUCACUGGAUCGUCAGUAAUUAUAAUGUCAAUUGAAACAUUUUUAAGGAUUUUGAAAAGUUCCUACUCAGCUUAUAACUUAAUAAGGAAUUCAAAUUAGACGACAUUUUGAACUACUGCGAAAAAUGUUAA